AUGAAGAAGAGCAGCGGUAUCAUGAAUGCAGGACUGACUGUCCUCCUCCUCCUUGCGACGAGAAGCGAGCUCCUUGGAUGCGAAGUUGCUUUGGUGAAUCACCAUGGGUUCCCUUGCUCCCUGCCCACGAUCCUGAAGCUGCGGGGAGGAAGGACAGAGGACAAGGACAUGGUCAUGACGCAGAUGGACGACGUCGGCGUCGAUGCGCUUGACGACGAGUUCGAUGCAGCCUUUCGAGAGGUGGAGUCGCGCGCCAGACCUCAGAGGGGAGAAGACGUUGGAGCUCAGGCUGGUCAACUUGCCCGGAGCUGUGACGACGUGCUAGAAGAAGUAGAGAGGCUUGUCCUGCAGCAUGACUUCGAUGCAGCGGAGCUUGUGUACAUGGACCACCUGGAGGCGAAUGGCGAGGACGUGGAUGUGAUGGAGAGUUAUGCUCUGUUCUUGUGGAGCAUACGGGACGACGUCGAUGCUGCUCGGGAGGUUUUCGAGGGGAUCCUCAGGAAGGAGAGGCGGAGGGUGGACAUAAUGAUGUCAUACGCCAUGUUCCUCAAGGUCGUCAUGCUUACCUGUCUCCAGGCCGGCUGCAAGGAUCUCCAGGGAGCCAUCAAGAUUUACGAGGAUCUUCAACGGAUCUACCCGAACGAAGCCUCCAUCUACUUCGCCACGGCCCUCAUGUACCAUGGCGUUGAGGGACAGGAGCACGUCUACAGCGGAGACGAGAAGUACAAACUCGAGGACAUCAAGAACGUCACGAGAGCCGUGGAGCUCUACCGCAAUGCCAUCGCCCUCGAGCCCAACAUGACUGAGGCUCUGACCAAUCUUGCGACGGUUCUCUUCCAGGAGUCCAUCAACGUCACAGAGUCUGAGGUUCUGUUUGUCCGAAGUUUGAGCGUCGAUCCGAAUCAGACGGAGGCGCUCAUAGGAUACGCGAAACUGUUGUCUCGAGUGUGCGAUAUUGAUCGAGCUUCCUUGCUGUUCCAGAAGAUCCACAAUGUCACCAGGAGCGCAGGCGAGGUGCAGGCAGAGUUCUUCUACGCCUACCUCGACUUCCUUGUCCGAUUCAAAGCCAAGAGGGUCGAGAGUCCCUGGGGCUGCCGCCGAUCCCAUGAGAGCGGAGGCGAUGGCACAUGUCCUGCGCUGCGAACCGUCCAAUGCCAUGGCUCUUCGAAUGGAGACACGAUAGGAGCCAUCACGUUGGUGCAGAAGGCUCUUCUUUCCUGUGAGACUCCAGACCUCCUCCUCCUCUACUCCGACUUGCUUUUCAAGUGCGGCAAGAAUCACGACGAGGCAGUGAAGGCGGUUGCACGAGCGAUGGAGAUGGAUCCUUUGAAUGAGAAGCCCAGAGAAAGAUACCUUGAGCUGUUCGGGGAGGAGCAGGAGCUUAUCAAAGUGAUGUUUGAUCGCGCGUUAGAGUUUGCUGCAGCGAAAGGAUGCGUCAUAUGGACCAAGAGAAUCGAAGCCGAGCGGACGUCUCGUCUCAUUCGUUUUGCUGGUGACCAGGAGAAGGAGGAAAUGAAAAUUCAGCUCCAGCAGCUUGCGGCCUCGUACCCUCAUGACUUCGACCUCGUCUUCUCCUGCUCCACUGGUUUCCUGCAGAUGAAGGAGCACGCACUUGCACAGCGAUGGCUCAAGCACGCGGUUCAGCUACGGCCAUGCUCUUCGCCAGCGCUCUGCAAGCUGGCGCAGGUGAUCCUGAUGGAUCGGAACGACGUCAAGGCGGCCUACCGACUGCUCAAGAGAGCGUACCUGUCCGACCCGCUGCACCUCGCAACCUCCAUCAGCCUCGGCCUCCUGUACGAGCUGGAGGGGAAGCUGAAGCUCGCACACAAGCUCUACAGCUCCGUCCUCCUCCUAGACCGUGAGAACAAGGCGGCUCUGCUGGGCGUCUGCCGGAUCAUGUUGGUCAAGCGGAAGGAAUACAGCAAUCGCGUGCUCGCUAAGAAGACGCUCGACUACGCCAAGCAGCUGUAUCCCGAUGAGACCAUGUUCAAUGAGUUCGAAUCUGCUGACGAGGUUUGA